AUGCGAUCCAAAUAUUACAAGGAAGAAGAAAAUAAAGGUUUUAUAAAAACGCAUUAUUUUCGUAAAAUCGAUACAGAGAAAAUCGACAAGAAAUUAAUAAGCCUUGAGAAUAAUUUUAAUGGUGAUGAUGUAUAUUUAGACAUUGUAAUACAUGAUAAGGAACGAAAUAAUUUUGAUUUUUUCCUUAUGAGAAUAACAGAAAGUUCAAGUGUUAAUAAUAGUUUAGAUGCAUGGAAUCAUAUCGAUAUAACUAAUAUAUAUAAUUAUAUAUUAUAUGAUAAUAAAUAUUGUAGUGAUAUAAUAAAUGAAAAAAAAGGAUAUUUAAUAUUGAAAUUAAAAUAUACGAAUGAAAAUAAUAUUAUUACAUCUUAUUUUAAAGUUCAUUGUAGAAAUACAAAAUGGGAAAAUGAUAAGAAAGUAUGGCAUAUACCUUUAUUUUAUAUAUUUGAAAUGUCUAAACUUACCUUGUUUUUAGGGGGUACCGUUAGUGAUACCGUUCUUUAUUAUUUAUGUAAAUUAUUUCAUCAUUUUUCUAGUAUCAAAAAUGUAAAUAGCAAUGUUAAAAUGAAUGAAUUAUCUAAGGAUCAGCUUAUAAAAACGGAUGAAAUAUGUGACACUACCCAUAAGGAAAAAAAGAACAACGAUGAUGAUAAUACAGAUAAUUAUCACAACAAUAAAAAUAAUAGUAAUAAUAAUAAUAAUAAUAAUAAUAAUAAUCAAAACAACAACAAUAAUAAUAAUAUUGCUGUUCAGGUUAAUUGCAGGAAACAAGAUAAAUUUUAUCCCAGUAAUAAUGAUGUAAUAAGAAAUUCAAGUCCAAAAAUUAUUUUAGAAAACAAAAAUGAAGAAAUAAAUGUUAUAGAAAAGGAUUUAACCUUAAAGGAUAACGGUGAUGUAUUAUACAAGGAGAAAAAAAUAAGAAAUGAUGAUGACAGGAAUUACAACACCGAUGAGGACACACAUUAUGGCAAUAAUGAUGAUACUUAUUAUGAUGAUGAAAGUUGUGAUAAUAAAAAUGAUGAUUCUGUUAAUAAAAAUAAUAUAUGUGUUAAUAAAAGUGACGAUUCUGUUAAUAAAAGUAAUGAUUGUGAUAAUAAAAAUGAUGAUGGUGUUAAUAAAAAUGAUCAUUGUGAUAAUAAAAAUGAUCAUUGUGAUAAUAAGAAUGACCAUUGUGAUAAUAUAAAUGACCAUUGUGAUAAUAAGAAUGACCAUUGUGAUAAUAAAAAUGACCAUUGUGAUAAUAAAAAUGACCAUUGUGAUAAUAAGAAUGACCAUUGUGAUAAUAAGAAUGACCAUUGUGAUAAUAAGAAUGACCAUUGUGAUAAUAAGAAUGACCAUUGUGAUAAUAUAAAUGAUCGUCAUACUAACCAAGAGAAUAAUGUUUCGAAAGACUGUAAUAAGAAUACAACAAAUGAAAUAAGUUUCAACUUGGAUAUUUUUAUAAAGGAAAAUAAAUUAAAUUUUAUAGAAUAUAUUAAGAAUGUAAGAAUGUUCAGGAUUGAACACAUCAUUAUAAAUAAUAUUGUAAAAGGUGAUACCAUGUAUAUAAAGAUAAUACCAUAUAAUGAAGAUAUCGUUACAAAAAUAAAGCAAACAAAUUUUAUACAAUGGAAUAGAACGGAAAAUAUAUUAUUAAUAAAAAAAAGUAAUUUUAAAAAUUUUUAUAUAAAUAUAAUAAAAGGUUUUAAUUUCAAGUUAUGUUCUUAUUAUGAUUAUUUUAAAUUAUUUAGACAAAAAAUUAUGGAAAAUGAUUCUAAAUCGUUAAAAGGAAAUUUUAGUGUCACAACAAAUAUAACAAUAAAUACCGAAUAUUUAAGUAAGAAAUUUAAUAAAAGAAAAAUGGAUUUUCAUAAUAUAGAAGAAGAAAUAACCGAUAAAGGAAAUGUUCUAAAACAUUCCAAAAAAAAGAAAAAAUAUAAAAAUGAGUUUGGUUAUGAGAGUACAGAUUCAUGUAAUUCAGAUGAAUUAUCGAAUAAUGUGGAUUCAAGUUAUUAUGAAGGUAGAGAAUUAGUAAAUAAAAUAAAAUUAGUUGGUGCGGCAAAUAAUUAUUAUAAAGAAGUUAUAUAUAAUAAAUUACAUAAAAUAAAACAUUUACGUCCACCUAAUUAUACAUAUGACCCUAAAGGAUUAAUUACGAAAAAUGGAGCAGGUACCAAAGGUAUUGAAAUUUUUGAUAUGCCUAGUGAUAUUAAUGAAUGGAAUAAAAUAAGUUUUUGUAUUGUACCUAAUGAGAAAAAGGAUAUCGAUUUAUAUGAUCCAAAAAUUUUAUGUAGUUUAGUUAGUGAUGUUUAUUUACUUAAAGAAAAAGCAUUAGAUAUAAUAUUGAAAAAUUAUAAAAAAUGGCCUGAAUAUACUGAUGUGUUUUGGAAUACGGUAUGCUCCGAAAAUGAAUUUAUUGUAUGUAAUAAAAACUUUAAUACAAGACAAAAAUUAGCUCAUGAUAGAUUAUUUAAUAAACAAUACUUUUAUAUUUUUAAUAUGGAAAGUAUUAAACAUUCAAAUUAUUAUAAUCCAUUAUUUUUAUGUAAAGUUUUAAUUACCUUAGGUGAAGGAAUCCUUGUUCAACAUCCAUAUGAUGCAGAGUAUAUCAUUAUCUCAAAUUCUAAUGAUUUUAAUGCUAUACAAUUCUAUAAUUAUCUUCAUGAAAAAAAAAAAAAAAAAAAAAAAUUACCCUUAUUUGUAACUCCAAAGUUUAUAUAUGAUUGUAUUUUAAACUAUUCUAUUUCUUAUCCUUCAAAAAAUAAAAACCACUUUGCCUUCUCCUCCUAA